UUUCUUUUCAAGUUUUCUCUCGCAGCAAAAACAACACGUGUGUACGCAAUAAUUAAAUUUGUUGAAUUUCUUUGCAAUUUUGUCAAGAUUCAGCAAAAAUGCGUAUAGAAACGUGUUACUUUUGUUCCAGCAAAAUUUACCCUGGACACGGGAUACAAUUUGUGCGAAAUGAUUGCAAAAUAUUCAGAUUUUGUCGAAGCAAAUGUCAUAGAGCGUUCAAACGGAAGAAGAACCCACGUAAAGUGCGCUGGACCAAAGCCUGCCGUAAGGCAGCAGGUAAAGAGCUCGCGAUUGACCCCAGCUUUGAAUUCGAGAAGCGCCGCAAUGUACCAGUUAAAUACAGCCGUGAAGCUUGGCAGAAGACACUCGACGCCAUUAAGAAAGUUACUGAAAUCAAGGAACGCCGCCAGGAUAACUUUGUAAUGCAGCGUUUGCGUAAGGGACGAGAAGUGGAAAUACAGAUGGACGUGAAGGAUGUGCAACGCAAUAUUUCAUUAAUUCGGUCGCCUGCCGCUGGCCUUAAAGAGCGUCGCGCCAAGGAGGAAGAGCAAGAGGCUGCACUUAUGGAUGAAGAUCUUGCCGAAGAAGAAAUCAGUUAUGUUGAUGCACGCGAACUGGAAAAGAAACUGGAAGAAGGCGCAACUAUGGAGGAUAUUGAGAUGAUGAAAGCAUAAAUUGGGGGUUUAUGAACGUUGCGGGGGUCUAGUUAUAAGUUGUACUUUACAUAUGGGUUUUUAAAAAAUGUUUAUAUUUAUAAAAAACUUAUGACAC